AUGGUUCAAAAGAAGCAGAGACUGGGCGAACAGGUGCUGCGUUCUUCAUCCCUCAUUGUGAAAAGAAGAAGAAGAAGAACUUCUGGGCUCGGAAGUGUUGAGGAGUGGGACGUCCGUCUUCGAGUUUUUUCACCCGUCAGUGUGCGUGUGUGCGUGUGUGUGUGCUGCAGGCUGAUGAGAGCCAUCAGAGUGAAGGAGUUUGGAGCUCCGUCAGUGCUCAGGCUGUGCUCCGAUGUGUCUGUCCCUCAGCCCGGACACAGACAGGUGUUGAUUCGUGUCCACGCCUGUGGAGUGAACCCUGUGGAAACUUACAUCCGGGCCGGGACAUACGCCCGCAAGCCCCCACUGCCCUACACCCCGGGCACAGAUGUAGCUGGAGUGGUGGAAAGUGUUGGAGAAGGAGUCACUGCAGUAAAGGCAGGAGACCGUGUGUUCACCACAGCCACAGAGUCUGGAGGUUAUGCAGAGUACACAGUAGCAGCUGCUGAGUGUGUCUACAAACUGCCCGAAGCUUUACACUUCACCCAGGGUGCAGCCAUGGGGAUCCCGUACUUCACCGCCUACAGAGCUCUGGUUCACAAAGCACACUGCAAAGCUGGAGAGACGGUCCUCAUCCAUGGAGCCAGUGGAGGGGUUGGUGUGGCAGCGUGCCAGUUGUCCCGUGCUCUGGGUCUCAGGGUGUUGGGGACAGCAGGGACACCGGAGGGGAUGAAGCUGGCUCUCAACAGCGGAGCUCACCUGGCCUUCAAUCACAGAGAAGAGGGCUACACAGACAAGAUCAUGGAAGCCACAGAGGGCAGAGGCAUAGAUGUGAUCGUAGAGAUGCUGUCAAAUGUCAACCUCAGUAAAGACCUCCAGAUGUUGACCUUUGGAGGACGUGUCACGAUCAUUGGCUGCAGAGGCUCUGUAGAGAUCAACCCCAGAGACACCAUGGCUAAAGAGAGCAGCAUCAUGGGAGUGGCUCUCUUCUUCGCUACACCGGAGGAGAACAAGGAGUGUGCAGCGCUGCUCUAUGCAGGGCUGGAAGCUGGUUGGCUGCGUCCAGUCGUCGGCUCCCAGUAUCCUCUUGACAAAGCCGCCCAGGCCCACCAUGACAUCAUCGAGUGUCCCGGGGCUGCUGGGAAGACAGUCCUGACCAUGUGAUGAUGUGAUCAUAUCACAGGUCAAAGGUCACCAUGUGGGGUUUUUGGCUGUUCAUAAAGGACAUACGAUAGUAAAUAUGGUUACAUUAAGCUUUAAAUAACCUUUGACAUUUGUAGGUUUUUUUACUAGAAUAUUAAUGUGCCUAUUUAUCAUCACUGCCAACCUUAUUGUCAUUAUUAAUUAAUGAUGAUAACAUGAGUCAUGAACUAUUAGUAUCUACAUUUCAUCAUAAAUUUGACUAAAUCGUAUUAACAAUGAGGUUUUAAAGACUCUUGAGAAGAUGGGGACUAUGUAUACGUGCUAUAUUAAAUUGUAAGACAAAUUGUGAAUGAAAAUAAAAUAAAUGAAUAAAAA